CUAACCAACGUUCAGCAUCAGAGGAGUGAGACGGAGCGGAACGAGGAGCGAGAAGAGGUGGAACAUUUACGCACAGCCUGUGUAGUUUGGAUCGUUUUGGCGCGUCUUUAAAAGUCAACCCUGGGUAGCUUUGGAGACUAUUCCUACGCUGAUCGCCUGGUGGAUUUACAUCUCAGCACUUAAAUGGCAGCUUUAGGUUUGAUUUCUUCGCACCUGCUCCUGGUAACGCUAAACUGUUUCCUGGGUGCUGCAUCAGUCAGGACCGUGAAAGGUGGCACUGGGAGCGCACAGGACACUGGUAUCCUCCACUCGUCCUCAUCGGACCCGUUUUUAGAUGACCUGGAUCAGGACAUGGUCUCACAGCACAUGUUCAAACUGUAUGAGAAGUGCAACAGGGAAAGCCGUCUCAGGGAGGGGAACACUAUCAGGAGUUUCAGAGCCAGCCAAGACUCUUCCGACCUGAGGAUGGUGUACCGACUCAACCUCACAUCCCUCCAGGACUCCGAGGUCAUCCUCUCCGCCACAUUCCACUUCCUGCUCGAUCGUCGCCCUCAUCACAAACCGUGGUUCUGUAAACGCUUCGAAAGCCCAUCCUGUCGGUCCUCAGCCGUGCACCCUCCUCCGUCGAUCAGCCUGCUCCUCCGCUCUGUCUCCUCAGGGUCAGAGAUCAGAGCUGGGUCAAUGGGGUCAUUUUUAGGCAACGUGACCUUUCACCCCCACAGGAGAGGGGCGUGGCAGAUGAAAGACGUGACCCAGGUCAUAAAGGAGGCACGGGAUAAGGGUCAUCUCCUGGUGUCAGUGGAGGUAGACUCCAGGCAGCAGUACCACAUGAAACCAGAGGAGGCGCUGUCUGCAGGAGGCCUGCCUUACCUGCUGCUGUAUGCUAAUGAUCAAGCUUUGGCUGAACCCAACAGUGUGGCUGGGAGCCUUCAGAGGUACAACCCGUUCAGCGAGGAAGGGGAGCCCUCACAUUCCUCUCAGAGACCAAGCCCGUCACCAGAGUCGAGAGGACGCGUGAGAAGGGAAGCACCUCUGCUCUCUGACACCAUUCAGAACAAUGAGCUGCCAGAGGUCGACUACAGGCCUGAUGGAUACAGGAAGGAUGACCUCUGGGAGAGCACUUGGUACCUGGCGCUCAAACCCAAGCACAAAUCAGGGAAGAAAAAAAAGAGCCAAGAGGAAGAAGGUAAAGGAGCACAGGACAGAAAAGAAGAAGUUCACAAAGAAGUAGAAAGAACAUCGCAGGAGCUGACAAAACUUAAAGACAGUCAUACACCGACAGUCAGUGAUGGACAAAAGCAUGAACGUAAAAAUGGGGGAAAGAGUGGGAAAAAGCACAAGGGCAGCUCAAACACUCAGUCACCAGUUCUGAACUUUGAUGAGCAAACGAUGCGAAAGGCGAGGAGGAGACUGUGGGCUGACAACCAGCAGAGAGGCUGCUCCAGGAGGAACCUCAGGGUGGAUUUUGCAGACAUUGGAUGGAGCGAGUGGGUGAUAGCACCCAAGGCUUUCGAGGCCUACUACUGCGCUGGGAUGUGUGGGUUUCCCAUGCCAAAGGUGGCAAGGCCGUCCAACCACGCUACCAUCCAGAGCAUUGUCCGAGCCGUGGGGAUCAUCCCUGGUGUUCCAGAGCCCUGCUGUGUCCCAGAAAAGAUGAGUCCUCUUGCCGUCCUCUACCAGGAUGAAUCCAGGAACCCAGUGCUCAAGAUUUACCCCAACAUGUCCGUCCAGUCCUGCUCCUGCAGAUAGGAAGGGGAGGGCGAUGGAGGCGGAGGAGGGAAUAAAACAGGGUGGAUGUGCAGAACACUAAUGGAGACAGAACCAUACCUCUGUUUGUUAAGUGGUUUUUCAGCACUGAGAAAUAAACUCACUUUGGCCGUCAGUAUUCCUGGGGGCUUUAGAGAAAUCACUUCCAUCUCUUCUGUCCCACGGCGGCAGACAUGAAGAGACAUUUUGUCUGGCGUCAGCUUCAAUGAGAGGAACAGAGUCACACAUGUAAAGUCAGGGCUCCACAUGUCCCAGACGCCCGGUUGUUUUGAUUCUGUGUUUGAGAUAGUAUUGAGGAUUUCAUGGACAAGAGCGUCUAAGGGAUGUUUUCCUUUUAUCUCAGAUGUACUUGUGUUGUUCAGACAGCUCACAGUGAGUUUUAGUUCAUGUUUUCUUUGGACACAAAGGCUCAAAAUAAAAGACGUUAUCAUUGUGUCAUCAGGCAGCUCAAACAUGACAGAGAUUAUGAGUAAGAUUUCUACAUUUUUACAGAGUGCGUGCAGCUGUUUCUCCUUUGAAGCAAAUUAUAAAACCCAGUGUACAUUAAGGUUGUCAAUAUUUUGAUACUUCAGCACUCUUUCAAUGCCAUGUGUUUUAAAAUGAAUCAGUAUCUGAUAUUUUAAUUAUCUAGAGCAGGGGUGUCCAAACUUUUUUCAGUAAGGGCAGCACUGAUAAAAAUAAGGCUGUUUAGGUCACUUUGAUUUACCUCACCUAAAGUGUGUUUAAAACAGAGUUUCCACUAGUUUUUUGUCUCAAGCCAAAACUGAGUCUUACCGUCAAUUGUUCCACAUUAGUCCUCAUAAACUUAUGAUCUCAUUUGUGACUACUGCUUACCAGUAAAUCCAACUAUCAUGGUUUCUUUGGUGUAGUCAUAGAGAAAGACAAAGGUGUCCACUGUGGAUUGAUCGGUGCUGUCUUCCUUUCAUCGAUAGCUCUUUCCUGCAGUCACGUUUGCUGCUGCUGCUGAAGGUUAGAUUAGCAAGAAAGUCCUGAGCUUGUAGUCCGAGCUAUGGAGGAUUGAGACUGUGCUCUCCCCACCAGCCUGAACAACCCAAGCCUUGCUGCACGGCAUGAUUCUGUGUUGAAUACAGUUCCACUAUCAGAGACUUGGUCAUAGGUAGAUUUACCCACUCAUCAAAGUCCACUACAACUCUCUGCUUGGCCCAGGCCUGUCCUUGUCCCUGCCGCUGCAUCUGGGUUUAUGCCAUCCAGCUUUCUACAGUUUCCUUUGUUUCUGCUCGAUUAUUACCUGCAUCCAUAACAAACUCAAAAUCCUUCCAUGUUGCUAAUUUCCCCACAUAGUUUUUAGUAGCUCCAACCUCCCAUGGAGAUAAGCAUUGUUUGACACCAUGAAUAUUCACCGCCUAAAUUAGCCAUAUGCUGUCUUAAGCAGAUAAACAACCAGAGCACCUAACAGGAAGUAGGUCGUAGUAAAAUGACUGAGUUUAUAUCAAUGGAUUCUUGCCAUUUAUCUUCUAGGUAACACAAUAAAUAAAAUGUAACUAUUCACUAUUUACUUAUUUGGGAAUUGCCAUGUUUUUCAGCCAGACAGUUUGACUGUUAAUAGUCUUAUCUGUCAGACAUCCACCCAUGAAACCGGCCAAUAACAGCUAAUUGAUACUCUUACUGAGCAAGACAGUGUUGCGUUCCCAGAAUCUGGGCAUACAGACAAAAGUCAGUCUUUUGGUCCUUGGUCCUUCCACUUUCACUAUACUCUUGUGAGGCCUGGAUGUUGACUGAUGGCGAGAGGUACCAGCUGACUUUGUGACAACCUCUCUUCAGCACAUUUUUGGGUAUCAUUUGCACGACCGUGUGUCUAAUGCUGACAUGCUCAGGAGUGCAGGUAUGCUUGACAGCUGCACUUUUACGGGCCGUCCAGGCUUCAUCCGGCUCACCACAUACUGGCUGCUCAGGACACGAUGGGCUGGUCCAGUCUCCAUGGGAAACCACAUGCGUUGUCGAGGGGGAAAUUGGGAGGAUACUUUGAGUAAUGGGGCAUGGGACUGGUGCAGGCCUGGGGAUGGCCAUCAGGAGGCCAGAGCAGUACAGGACUGAGAUUGACACAUAUGCUCCCAUACCUAACCUGAUACUUUAGUUAAAAUUAGUGAGACCAAUUUGAUGCACCAGUAGUUUAAGAUAUGCUUAGUAGUUGAAGAAAAAUAACAGCCACAUCAAUGACUGACAACAGAAAUAACUAAUCUUUGUUAUUUUGAGGCCAGCUGAUCAGGUUUCAGGGGGGCCCUGGUCAGCUCAUACAACUUGAUCUGGUCAAGAUGAAAAUUAUGCUCUAUGCAACAGGGAGAGGAGAUGGUGACAUUUCAUCUCCACAUUCACACUCAAAAUGAGAGCAAACUGCAGGAAGCUGCCAAACUAUAGCAGUAUAGGUGCUUGAGGAUGAUUAGCAUGGUAUACUUUAUAAAUCGGACCAUGAAACAGAGCAGAUAGUAAAGCAAAGGAGCACUGAUUUAUAGUGUUUUGAAGUUUGGUACAAUAGACACAAGCUUCAUGGUCUACUGUGGGCCAACACAAAAUGUACCGCAGGCUGCAUUUGGCCCGUGGGCCAUAGUUUGGACACCCCUGAUCUAACAUCCAGCAUCAUAAAGCACUGAAACAAGGAAGAAAAUAAAGAUUUUCAGUCUGAUUUUUGCCCAAACUCUUGAGCUCUGUCUAAAUAGCACAAGUAUGUUGACAAUGUUUUAAAUAAAGAAACUUUACUGAUAUACUUAAACUAUAUAGACAGAGUUCAGGAAUUUUCCUGCAAUAUUUGAUUAUUUAACACAAGGAAUUACCCAAUAUCGGGACUUCAUUAUAACUUUAAAACAGGUAUCAAUAUUGUUUAAUUCUUGCCAGUAUCAUUAAAGUUUACUUUUCUAGUAUCAUGACAACCCUACUGUACAUACAUGCUAUGCUAAUCUGUUUGAACAUUGAAGCUUUUUCACAUUAUUGAUAAAAAGGAAUUAUAAUGAAUUCAAGUCAUCAUCUGGAAUUCAUUUCAUAACACAGGAAUUUUUUUAUUAAAACCAGAAAUAUUUUUCUAUUUUGAAUGUGAACUUGAUUGAGAAUUAUUUGUCAUGGUUACUAGGUUUAUGUAUGACUUUUAUUUUAGAAAAGAUGUGGUUUUGUACAUGUGUAUUGUUUAAAUUAUGAAAA